GUUUUGCAAUAAAAUAUUACAAGGAAGGCGGCCCAAUUUCUUUGUUUUCGGAACAUUUGUUACAUAGAUUUUUUUUUUUUUCAUAAGAUUAAUGGGAAGAGAAACGUGGUAACUCAAAGGUGUUAUCUCCUUAUACCUGUUUAGCUGAAAGAUUGAAAAAGAAAAAAAAAAAAAAAAAAAAACUCCAUCAGUAAGUGACCAUGUUUUAUUUAUCGAUAUGUGAUUGGCCAAAAUAUUGUAUACAGUUGAAAAGAAAGAAAAAUAUUUUGUAUUUGUAAUCCAUCCCUUUAAUUUUUAAACAAAAAGAAGAAUGUCAACUGCUACAUCAACUAAAGUCCUUUCACUUUACCGUAAUUUCAUUCGUCACGGUCACAAGUUUUCUUCCUACAAUUUCAGAGAUUACACUGUGCGUCGUUCAAGAGAUGCUUUCCGUAGCAACAUGACGGAAACCUCCAAAGAUAAAAUCGCUAGUUUCAUUGCCAAAGCCGAGCAAGAUUUAGCCAUUGUCAAACGUCAAGCCGCCAUCAGUCAAAUGUAUACCAAUGGUGAACACUUGGUUGUUGAAGCACCCAAGCAUUAAUUGUUUAAAACUAAAAUAAAUACCACACAUUUUUUAUCAUUUAUUAUGCAAGCAGGGUCAAAAAAAAAAAGUUGCGUUUUUUUUUAUCUUUUUUCAUCCCUUGCAUUAGAAAGAGAUAAGAAUAGCAGGUUACGCCAAGUGACUUUUUUUUUUUUUUAAUAUAAAUACAGCCUUAUUUUUUUUUAAAUUGGUGUGCCUUUUUAUUAUCUAC